AAGCAGAAGAAGAAUCCAGACCGCAGAGUUUAGUUCCGGAUGGGUUAUUUGUGGAAAUUAACAUUUGUUGCUUUUAUUUCUUGGCAAAGUGGACUUUUCGAUACAUACACACUGAAGCUGUUUUCACAGCGUUUGGCUGCUCCUUUGGGACAGUGUUUGGAGCAGAAUAAGCUGUAAAUCGCUGUGUGUGAGUCAUGAAGCUGCGCGUGCAGCUGCAGUGUAAGAAUCUGCACGAGUACCUGAGGGAGCUGAGUGCUGACGUCAUAGACAGACUCUACAGCCACGCGGCCACGUGUUUAGCUGUUCACAGAGAACUUCCACCUUUGGCCAAGAAUUAUGUGAUGCGUAUGCUGUUCCUGGAUCAGCCUCUUCCCCAAGCUGCAGUGGCUUUGUGGGUAAAAAAAGACAGCCAGAGGGACCACGAUGAAUGUGUGUCAUUGUUAGUGGGUCUCCGUCUUUGGCACAGUCAGCAGCUGCAGGGGGGACUACAGGGAUAUGUUCUGAGUACAGUGUUCAAAGAAAACCUGAGGAUCGCACUGCUGGGAGGGGGCAAAGCAUGGACAGACGAGGGCAGCACUCUGGGUCCGGAUCGCCAUGCACGAGACAUCGAGAGUCUGGACCGCUAUGCUGUGGAGCGCUGGGAGGUUAUCUUACAUUUCAUGGUGGGUUCUCCCACUGCUGCCGUCAGCCAGGACCUCGCUCAGCUGCUGGUUCACGCUGGCCUCAUGAAAAGUGAGCCAGGAGAGUCGCCCUACAUCACGUCAGCUGGUUUCCAGUUCCUCCUGCUGGACACUACCUCCCAGCUGUGGUACUUCAUGCUGCAGUACCUCAAAACCGCACAGUCACGUGGGAUGGACCUGGUGGAGAUCUUGUCAUUCUUGUUCCAGCUCAGUUUCUUGACUCUGGGUCGAGAUUACUCGGUGGAGGGGAUGAGCGAGUCGUUACUGACCUUCUUACAACACCUUAGAGAGUUUGGCUUGGUCUUCCAGAGGAAGAGGAAGUCGAGGCGGUACUAUCCCACCCGUCUUGCCAUCACGCUGGCUGCAGGAGUCACCACCAGCUCCUCUUCCUCAGACACCUCUUCCUGGAACCAGGGUUCUGCUCCAAGCACUGCAGACACCGGAUUUGUUAUAAUGGAAACCAAUUAUCGCAUCUACGCCUACACAAACUCAGAACUUCAGAUCGCUCUUGUGGCUCUCUUCAGUGAAAUGUUGUACCGGUUCCCUAACGUUGUGGUGGCACAGAUUACAAGGGAGUCUGUGCAGCAGGCCAUCGCAAAUGGAAUUACUGCACAACAGAUUAUCCACUUCCUAAGAACCAGAGCACACCCCAUCAUGCUCAAACAGAGUCCAGUGCUGCCUCCGACUGUAACAGAUCAGAUCAGACUGUGGGAGCUGGAGAGAGAUCGGCUACAAUUCACAGAAGGAGUGCUCUACAACCAGUUCCUGUCCCAGGCUGACUUUGAGGUGCUUCGAGACAGAGCUCAGAGACUGGGCUGUCUGGUGUGGCAGGACGUGGCUCACAGGGUCCUCGUGGUCACGCCUGAAGGUCAUGGUGAGGUCAAGAGGUUCUGGAAACGACAAAAGGCUCACACAUAACCAGAGAACUUCGGUUACUUUCAGCAGUUACGGUUUUAAUCCACGUUGUUGUUGUUUUGAUGUGAAAUCUGUUCAUGUACAAAAAAUAAAUAAAAUGCUCACUUUUGUCUGAGAUUCAUGUAGCUUGGACAACAUUCUUAAAAUAUGAACCUUUAUUUUUCAUCUGUUUGAAAAAAAUUCGAUGUAGUGGUAAUUUGUCAGUAAUAAAAUUCUGUUAUUUGCA